AUGCCUAAGGUGAUCGUCAUCCUGCAUCAGUUGUCCGUGUUUAAACGAUGGGACAUGCGCUGCACAAUACGAGAGGAACAGCUAUAUAUAGACGAAUGUAGUAGUUCCAUUAGGGUUUGCGAUGUCAACGCCAACUGUGUGAACACUUUUGGCUCCUAUCGCUGUUCCUGUAAAACUGGAUUCGCAGGGAAUGGAAAAACUUGUAAAGAUACUGACGAAUGCAGUUCCCUCAUUCGCGUCUGUGAUGUGAACGCCAAUUGUCACAACACUUAUGGUUCGUAUCAGUGUUCCUGUAAAACUGGAUUUUCCGGGGAUGGAAAAACAUGCGUAGAUAUUGACGAAUGUGGUGGUUCCAUUCAAGUUUGCGAUGUCAACGCCGGCUGCCAGAAUACAUACGGCUCUCAUAGCUGUUCCUGUAAAACUGGAUUUACUGGGAAUGGAAAAACAUGUACAGGUACUUAUUCCAACUAG